ACUGGAAGACACGCCCUCUGCUGUAGGCUCCGCCCUCCAUCUUCGGCAAGUUUAUUUGCCGGGAGGAGAAGGAUUUAUUGUGCUACAAUGAACUUUUUGCGGCGGGGGAUCAGAUCCGCGGCUUCCGCUGUCCAGAGCAGGAGCGGCUGCCAGUUGUACAGUAGCGCAGUGGCGGGAGGGUGUGAGCGCACACUCGUUGCCGUGAAGCCGGAUGGGGUACAGAGGAGACUGGUGGGAGAAAUCAUCAAGCGCUUUGAGCAGCGUGGCUUCACACUAGUGGGACUAAAACUACUCCAGGCCUCGGAGGGAAUACUAGCAGAACAUUACCAUGACCUGCGCAGAAAGCCUUUCUACCCGGCUCUUCUGCGAUACAUGGCCGCUGGACCCGUGGUAGCCAUGGUCUGGGAGGGACACAACGUGGUACAGACCUCUCGUGCGAUGGUCGGAGAUACUGACUCUUCCCAGGCCAAACCCGGCACUAUCCGUGGGGACCUCAGUGUACAUAUAAGCAGGAACGUGAUUCAUGCCAGUGACUCUGUGGAAGGGGCCGAGCGGGAGAUCAGCCUGUGGUUUCACAGUGGGGAGCUGAUCAGCUGGGAGACCUCUGACCAAAGUCACUUGUUCCAGGGUUGAUGCUGCUGUGAGUCCCCCCACCAGUGCAAAGAAUCCUGCUGGGGGGGGGGGGGGGGCAAGCCUUUUGUAACUUCAAUAUAGGAAGGAGUGUUAUUAACCUAUUUUUUGUACCUACGUUUACUAAUGAAUCCAGUCCCGUGCCAAGAAUCUACUCUCAGGAUUAAGAACUUUAUUUAAUAGUUUAACAACGGUGCUACCACGGAGCAUGUAAAGGAAUCACCCCCUGCUGUAUACUUACUUCAGACGACUGGCUGCUUCCCGUCCUAUCCACCAGACAAUAUUGUAUUGCACACUUAAUGUUUCUUUUUGAUCCAAUGCCAGCUCUUCAUUUAGGCAUAAUAAAGUGAUGUUUGUACUGAA